AUGGGUGCCAUGACCAGCACAUGCCUGCCAGAGACUGUUGGCUCGCAGGCCGCGGUGGGUGCAAGGGCACUGCAAGCCAUGGAUGGCAUGCUUUAUCUGCCCGGUGAACUGUGGGUUUUCCAUGUCGUGCCUCAGAUUUCCAGUCAGUGCGCCCAACACGCGCCAGCAGGCAGGCAUCGUCGACCGGCGACCGGCAUUGUGCAAGUCCGGCAAGUCGCCGAUGAUGCAAAGGAUGCGCGGCGCCACUGUCCUCUCCGUCCUGGCCGGCGGCCUGUCCCUCACCGGGCCCGCCGCCGCCGCCGCCGCCGCGACUGCAAGGCCAGGCCGGCCCGGGGCUGCUCCGCCCUCAAGGCCGCCCUCCCCGACAGCGUCUUCUUCCCGCGCGACGCCGUCUACGCGGCCGAGGCGGCGGCCUUCUGGUCCAACACGCAGCUCAUGAACCCCGGCUGCUCCGUCCGCGGCGGCGGCCACAUGGGCAUCCGCGGCGCCAACAACAUCGACGGCGGCGGCAUGCUCAUCGUCAUGCCGGGGCUCGCCACCCUCGAGCUGUCGCCCAACGGCAAGCGCGUCGACCUCGGCCCGGCGCUCAAGUGGGGCGCCGUCUACAAGUACCUGGCCCAGCACAACCUGACCGCCCCCGGCGGCCGCCUGUCCCCCGUCGGCGUGCCCGGCCUUCUCCUCGGCGGCGGCGUCAGCUUCAUCGGCAACCAGGUCGGCUGGGCCGCCGACAACGUCGUCGAGUACGAGGUCGUGCUCGCCAGCGGCGACGUCGUCAAGGUCAACAAGGACGCCAGCCCCGACCUCUUCUGGGCCCUCAAGGGUAGCAGCGCCAACUUUGGCAUCGUGACCAAGUUCACCGUCAACACGUUCCCGUUCACGACGGUCUACGCCGGCACCUACACCGUCUCGGCCGCGCACGGCCCGGCCUUCCUCGACGCCAUCGCCAACUACACGUCCGGGGCCAUCGACCCCCUCUCGCACAUGGUGCCCAUGGCCGUGCCCGCCGCGCCCGGCGUGACCGUCUACUCGGCCAUCCUCUUCUACGACUCGCCGACCGAGUCGGCGCCCGAGUGCUUCAGGGAGUUCCUCGCCCUGCCCGCCGUGAGCACCACCAUGGGCUUCAAGACGGUCGCCGACUUCACCGUCGAGACGGGCAAGCUGGUGGUGGACAAGAUCAACGACGUCUUCAUCGCCGGCACCACGGUCGGCCACGACUACGAGUCGCAGCGCCGCGGCAUCGAGAUCACCAACAGGCCCAUCGGCGCCGUCUGGCAGGAGGCGUCGGAGCGCCAGAACCCCGCCGGCUUCCAGGACGGCUACACGGGCUACGGCGCCGCAAACAAGCAGAAGCUCCUGGACGUGUCGCGCAAGUACGACAGCGAGCGCGUGUUCCAGAAGCUCUGGCCGGGCGGCUUCAAGAUAGGCGCAUAAGCAAAGCUGGACCAUUCCACGUCUGCUUGCCCAAGUAUUGCAUUAACGCAAUAGUAACAAGUAAUACCAAUAAAUGGUUGGCGAGCAUGACCAAAAGGAAUUCCGCGUUGAUCUGUGAUGGCGACCUCCCGAUCGAUUCACGGGAACAUUUGAAGCGGGCCCAGGUCGCAUCUUCUCCGGGGCUAUUACAGGAGGUGGAUAUGAUUCUCUGGGCACGUAACGUUGAUACUUGGCGCCAACCACGGCCCCAAUUGCCGUUACCCGGUAGUGUUUUUGUGUGUCGCACACGGGACUCGGAUGUUUGGUCGUUGGUUAAAUAGGAAAAAGAAAAAACAUUAAAUAAAGAGGAACUAUAAAAGUGAAGCAAAGGGAUGAGAGAAAAAGAAAAUAAG